AUGGCCGAACAACUCCUGUCCGGGAGCAGGCAGCAGGAGGAGACUGACUUUGCGAAGCGACAUCUAGCUGCGCUCGGUACACAGAAGGUGAAAUAUCCAGGGACCUAUGCACUGCCAGUAGCGCAACGUGCCAAACGAGCUCCCAUCGUCGACAUCCCUCUCUGUCCGCCGCCGGAGCCUAUCAGAUCUAGUGCCAGCACAUCAGGCACACUCUCGCUGACGAUCAAGUCGCUCAAGCCAUCGCUCAGCUUCACCGUAGAGGCCAAACCGACAGAGACCGUCGCAGAGCUCAAAGCGCAGCUCGCAGCUCAAGCUAACGCACCCUCGGCGGACAACCAGCGUCUGCUGCUCAAAGGGAAAGCACUUGCUGACAACAAGCUACUCAAAGAAUACACGAUCGAGACGGGAGCGACGAUCCAUCUGAUGAUCAAGACGCCUGCUGCUUCUGCCAGUAUGAGCUCAGCAACCGACACGACUGCCGCGACGGCCAUCGCCGCCGGUGCCUCGUCUGCCGUUCCUGCCAGUCUGCCCAAGCUCGACACCGACAAGGAGACGAGCAAGCCAUCGUCCGAACUCAAGCCUGCAACUUCAAGAACACACACGCCCUCGUCAUCGCUCUCUGCUGCGCCAAUGACGCCAACGCGAUCAGGCCGACGAACGCACGUCUCCACGCCUUCGCUCACACUGUCUGCGCCUCCACCUGACAUCGCCUUGUCAGCGAGCUCGGGUGGAUACGCGAGCCCGUCGACGAUCCUGGCCCCCGAGCCCAUGCUGUCCUACUCGCCUCACUCGCAGCCGAAGAAUCGAUCGACUGCUUUCCUAGCAGAGGUCGCCUCACCCGAGCUCUGGUCAGAGACCUAUACCUUUCUCGAAGGAAGGUUCAAGGGCGAUGGCGAGUCUGCUCGCAUGGUCUUUGAGCAAUGGUUCUCUGCCUCGAAGGAAUGGCUCACGCCAUCCGAGAUUGCGAAGAUCCGCGAUGCCACUGGCAUCCAUGGCAUGGCUGGCUACUAG